CAGGAACGGGUUCUACAUUACGGAGUUAGCGCGUGUCAAAUAUGUGACUUUGUGCAGCAAUCAGCUUCGUUCUGACUUCCAUCAAUGGGUUUACGUACGUGAUACAGAGCCUUUUUAUACAACUAUGCCUUCGGGCCUUACAUGUCUACACGAUGCAGGUUAUGACACCGUCACGAGCAGCGAACUUAACGGCUACUCGAGACGUAUUGACAUUGUCGCAGUGCAUGGCAUUGCGGACGAUUCGGACAGUGCAUGGACAAACAAGGAUACGAAAGUAAAUUGGCUUCGUGAUCUUGUUCCUAUAGACAUUCCAUACGCACGAGUUCUGACUUACGGCUAUGAUGCUUCUGUUUCCAUGUUCUUCGGCAGCAAUGCUGCUUUAGAAUUACAACGAAGCGCAGAGACUUUUUUGCAAGAGCUUCAGACCUUUCGGCGCGAUAAGCGUUCAAAAGGACGGCCUAUCCUCUUUAUUUGCCAUGGCUUGGGAGGAUUGCUGGUCAAACGAGCGUUAAUUGAGUCGUCCACGAAAACAACGCUUCGCACAGAGCACCUUCUUGAUGCCUCCAUUUCAACUUAUGCCAUCAUGUUUUUCGGGACUCCGCAUGGCCCGACAUCAGUGAAAAAUUGGUUACUAUACGAGAAGCGACGUCUGUCUCGAAACAAGCAGAGUACCUCCAAAGUAAAGGCUGAGCACGACGAUGGCUUUACCGCAACUCGGUUACCAGAGAUUCUCACCAGCGACUUUAAAUCUCACGCACCAAAAUACUGCAUCUUCUGUUCUUGGGAGCAGGAACCAACGUCACUUGGGCAUGAAAGUGCAAAGCUUGUCGAAACUGAGUCGGCAAUACUAAAUAUGGACAGUGUUGAUACACUUGGAAUAAGUGCUGAUCACUCAGGAAUGGUAAAAUUUGCGUCCUCUAAAGCGCAGGGAUAUAGUGUCGUCAUCGCAAAUCUACUGCGUUAUAGCGAACACGCUCCGGCUUAUGUUGAGAACAGGUGGAAAGAGUUAGGCGAAGCCACAAACAAGUCUCGCUCGGCUGCAAUAUCUCGAGAUCUUGGCGUUGAACAAGAUUUUGCUCCAGCAGCUGCGCCUUUAUCAGGAUUGGGAUCUACAGAUCUCUUCUAUCCACCUAACUGUACCAGUGGACAAUUUUUGGGUAGGCAUGAUGCCCUACAAAGAAUAUACGACGCAUUUUUCCCAUUUGGAAAGCCAAAUACUCGCCCUGGUCUUAAAUCUUUCGUCGUGUAUGGUAUGGGUGGAUCGGGGAAAACUGAACUAUGUGCGAGAUUCGCUGAGGCAUAUCGUAAUGAGUACUGCGCUGUGUUCACAAUUAAUGCUGGAAGUCCUAGUACCAUUACAGAAUCCAUUUGCAAAAUUGCAGAAAUUGGCGGCCUGGAAAGGACUAGAAGCGCUGGCAUGCAUCUAUUGUCUCAAAUUAAAACAAACUGGCUCUUGAUUAUUGAUAACGCCGAUGAAGCUACAAUUGAUCUACCUGAGUUAUUUCCACGCGGAAACGUGGCUCACAUUCUCAUUACUACGCGCAGCGAAGAUGCCAGGGAAUAUGGAAAACUCGGUCAUAUUGAAAUAGGAGGCCUUCCUGAACGGGAUGCUCUGCACUUAUUACUACGUAGGGCAAGUAUCAAGGAGCCUUGGACGUCCAAAGUUCUCGCUGCUGGUCGCGCAAUCGCGAAAGUACUAGGGUAUCUCGCUAUUGCAUUAACUCAAGCGGGUAAUUACAUCGCUACGGUUUGCAAAGAUCGUGAGACUGCCGGGUUAGCCGAGUACCUAGAAGUCUUUGCGACUGCGAGAAUAAAGAUACAGUCGCGAAUUCCUUUAGAUCAGAAGCGGGACGUUGGCUUGCAGAAAACUUAUGCGACUUUUGAGCUCUCGCGGAAGCAUUUUGAGAACAAAAACAGCAUUGCUAAACAAGACGCGGUGGAGAUGUUGAAUAUGGCUGCCUUCUUUCAUUUCCAGAGGAUCCCCGUGGCGAUUUUCGUCCGAGCGAUCAAGAACAGACGUAAAGUGGAAACUGGCCAUGAACAGACAUUAUUCCAAAGACUGCAAGCUUCCAUAUCAAAGCGGCUAAAGCCAAGGGAAGAAUUGCCCAAUUUCGUCUUGAGGCAAGAAGUCGACAAGUAUGACGUGUGGCAUGCUGUGACCGAGCUCCGAACGUCGUGCUUGGUGAACUACGAUGGGGUGGAUGACUGCUUCUCACUUCAUCCAUUAGUACACACCUGGGUCAGAGACUCCUUAUCGGCAUCCGAGAGGAAGAUUUGGUCACUGAGAACUUUCAACGUCCUCAUGGAGGCAAUCCAGUUGACGCCAAAUCUAACUGAUGACGACCGCAAGUUUCACAACAGCAUCAUGCCACACCUUGACGCUCUUCUUAGGGAUUCUGAGAGCACGCACCUCUUGAUCCGGCAAGAGAUGGGAUUCCUUCGAUCCCAGAUUGCUGCGAUCAUGCCGCAACUGCAGCUUUGGCUUCUUGGAAGCAAGGUGAUAGGCGCUGCGAAAUGUGGCUUUGUGCUAGCUGACCGUGGCUAUUUCGAGAACGCAGUCGUGCAUCUACAAGCCGUCACCAACACACUGUUCCAUGGAUUGGGCAUUCAUAAUGACAAAACUAUGCUGGCGGCACUCCUUCUUGCAGGUGUCUGUUGGGGACUAGGGAGGCUGGAAACGGCGAUUGGACUCCAACACUCUGUUGUAACAGCGAGAGAACAUGUCUACGGCCCUUCACAUGAACUGACUUUGCAGGCCAUGGACAAUCUGGGUUACUCGUACUGGCUUCAUGGGUUUCACUUUGAAGCCUUGGAUCUGCACCAACAGGCCACGAGGCUUAUGCAGGAGACUCUUGGGCCUUGUCACGAAUUCACACUUACCGCUUUAGACCAUCUCGGCACUUCAUUGGGAUCGCUCUACCGCUUCGAAGAGAGGUUGAAAAUUCAUCAACAGGUGCUAAGGGAAAGAGAAGCUUCGUUGGAGCCUAUGCAUCCAGACACGCUCGUAACAAUGGAUCACAUUGCCGUCACUCUGUUAGAUCUCGGUCGCCCACAAGAGGCGAAGCCAAUUAUUACUACCGUGUACAAAGAACGCCAGAAGAAGCUAGGAAAAGAACACCCAUGGACUCUGUGGUCCCUCGCAAACUUGGCCAAAGUUCACAUUGCUUUGGACGAGCCUGAGACGGCCGAGAAGAUGCUAACGUGGGGCAUCGCUGCAGCCGAGCGCAGCCUGAGUAAGGAUCAUUUAGGCGUCCUGAUGGGACGCGGACAACUGGCGCGUGCAUAUGCGAGACUAGGCAAAUUGGACGAGGCCGAGGCCCUUACCUUGGACACCAUCCCGUUGAUGGAGUCCUCCCGGGGACGAGCGCACCCGGACUGCGUUUUUUGCAUCUACAAACUUGGUCAACUAUACGAGCUAAAGGGCGAGCUUGACCGAGCCGUCUCUGCGUACGAGGAGGCGGUGCAAAGGGCAAAUGAAAGAAUCACGAUGAAGCAUCCGCUCGCGCAAGAGGUGGACAACGCCUUGAGCGCAGCGCGGAGCAGGACGGGGAACGACAAGAACAAGCACGCGAAAGAGACGUCGAUGAGUCGACACGGGCGAAGUCCUUCGCUGCGGUCGAGUUCAACAUGGUAAACGCUUUCAAGUCUCAUUUUUUUUUUAAAAAAAAAACCGAGGCGAAGCAGAGGGCAAAGGCAGAUUGAAGAUGGAUAAAUAUCGCAUUAUGGAGCCACGAGCGACGUGUAAUGAUAUCGUCUUGGGCUGGAAUCGGCUCGUUGUAUCACUAAACCGAAGAUACCCUUGAUUUUUUUUUU